AUGGCGGACAACCCGGUGUGGAAGGCUUGCAAGCCCUUUGCCACCGGCUCCCUGUCGGGCAUGUUUGCGACCUGCUGCAUUCAGCCCAUCGACAUGGUGAAGGUCCGGAUUCAGCUCACCGCCGGCACGGCCGAGGCGGCGGGCCCCGUGACCAUCGCCAGCACCAUGCUGAAGAACGAGGGCCUGAGCGCCUUCUACACGGGCCUCUCAGCGGGUCUCACGCGGCAGGUGGUGUACACCGGCGCGCGCCUGGGGCUCUUCGACAACUUCACGCAGAGGAUGAAGACUCCUGGCAAGCCGUUGGGCGUCAUGGAGAACGGCUUCUGCGCCCUCGCGGCGGGAGGUCUGGCGGCCUUGGUCGGGAACCCCGCGGACCUCGCGCUCAUCCGGAUGCAGGCGGACAGCAUGAAGCCAGCCGCGGAGAGGGCGGGCUACAGCAACGUCUUCACCACCAUGGGCAAGAUUGUGGCCAAUGAAGGUGCGGCAGGGCUUAUGGCAGGGGCUGCCCCCACAGCGACGCGGGCCAUGGCGUUGAACUUUGGGAUGUUGGCCGGGAACGCCGUGGCCAAGGACAAGUUGUCGGCCGGCGGCCUGACGGGGCCUGCGCUGGUCUUCACCUCUUCGGCGAUUGCGGGCUUCUUCGCCUCCUUCUUCUCGCUCCCCUUCGAUUUCGUGAAGACGCAGAUGCAGAAGCAGAAGAAGGAUCCCGUCACAGGCGAGCUGCCCUACAAGAGUUCCCUGGACUGCGCCACGAAGAUUCUCGCCGAGGGCGGCCCGCUGCGCUUCUACGCGGGCUUCCCCACCUACUACGUGCGGAUCGCGCCCCAUGCGAUGCUCACGCUCAUCGCCCAGGACUUCAUUAAGAAGAGCUGGUCCUCCAUGGGCCUGUGA